ACGACGGAGUUUAUAGAGGGUUACGCGAUUUUGGUGCGUGUCGUGAGUGCGUGUGGGUGGGCGAGGCGUGAGCUCGCAACGAGUCUCGAGGACGACGAGCCAUGAGCGAAGAUCGAAGCGAGGAGGAUCCUAUAAUGGAUCUCUGGUACAGCAACUGGGAGCAACAGUGCGUCGAGGCAUUGGAAGCAGAGCCGGAUUACGAAACACAACUGCACAACGAAAAGGAACUCUAUUCCCAGCAGAUGUGGACGAGCUUUCAGACGACGGCGUCAGCCAUCGCCCAGCUGUACAAAGAUCGUACGCAGGGUGUCUCUCUAUGGCUACCCUUCCAAACCGCCGCGGGUACCGUCACAUCGUUGUAUAAAGAUUCAAUGGAUAGUAUACGUCGAUGUAGUGAUUUAAGUGUCGAAAUGGGUCGACAAAAGCGUAGUAAAGAAAUAAUGAAUUGGGCUAGGAAAAAAAGACGUAUGAUUCGAAGGGAAGAUCUUUUAGCAUAUCUUGCUGGAAAACCACCACCACCUAGACCACAUUCGCAUAGGAGUUCCCCUAAACCAAGGAUGAUGGUAUGUGGUUCACCUCCAUCUGAAAGUUCCGCACCAAAUAUGGUUGUUGCACCAACACCUGUAUCUACAACUGAUCCUGAUCCUGAGUUACACACAUUUAGAGAAGCAAUUGCAUUAUCUGGUUCACCAAUGUCCCGGCGUACUGGAAGACAAGCCGAACUGUCGGCUUUUAUUACUAGCGAAUUUGCUCGACAUCACAAACGGCCUGCUUCGCAUGACGUGGAUAUGGGAUCUCCCACGCACAAACGAUCGCGUUUCAUGUAACGGCGCGCGAUGUGUAAAGUAGCCUUACUCCCUUGCUCCCCAUUAAUUAAUCGAUUGGUAAAUUAAUUAUUAACGGUUCAACUCCCCUACAUAAUUCUUGGUUAAACAUAAUCACUUCAGAAAGAAGGCAGUCGUUUACAUUGCCAUAUAAAACACGUUCGUAUAUUUCGAAUAUUCUAUACAGACCAUCGAGAUUUGCUAUUAUUAUUUCACAAGUUUCACAAUAGUUCUGGUUCUGACAUACAAGAAUAAGAGAAUUGUGAAAAACAUUCGUGCUAUUGGAAAUUACUGUAUUUGAAAAAGGUUUCAACUUAAUAAUAUUUAAAAUGAUUAUAUAUAACAGUCUUUAUUAUGUGUAUUAGGAUUUAUUUUAAAAUUUAUUUAUUUAUUUAUGAGCAUUGAGAUAAUACAAACGUGUUUCAAGAUACCAUUCAAAGUGCCCAUACAGAGUGAAUGUCAUUGUUUUAUGUGCAGAAAUGUGUACGUGAUUAUCAGUUUACUGAUCUACAAACCAAGAGUAUGAACCUUGCCAAAUAUACUAUGAAAUAUUAAAAGCUGCAAUUAACGUGCUUUACACAUUAAUUGAUGUGUAUGUUAAAAUUAGCAGCUAAUACUUCGUGAUAUUAUCCGGUCACUUUAUAGUGUACUGUACUAUAUUCAAGUGAGAUGUUUGACAAGUGAUGAAUUGGUGAUUUAAUAUUUUAUAAUUAUAUUAAUGUCUACGAUUGUAAUUUUGUGACAGAAAGGGGACAAGGAGAGGAUGACUGUAGAAUAUUCUUUCAGACUCCAAAGGAUCGCUUAGCCCUCUGAUUACAAUAUUGUUAUGAUUAUUAAGUGAUCAUAGAUAAUACAAUUUGGACGCUUAUAAUUAAUAAAAGGAUCAUUUUAUACAGCUUUUGUUGGCAAUAAACGGGACACGAAAUAUUAAUGGAAGAAUAAGAACUUAAGUAAAAGCAAGGGAAAGAUAUGUCGAUAAAUUGUUUGUUUUCUGUAACUCUAUACAUUCUAUUGACCAAUUGUGAACAAGGGAUCUAUAUUUUCUGUUGUAUCAGCUAUAUGUAUAGAGUAACUAUAAAAUUGUCUUUUGGAUAAUAUAUUUAAUGGUUUCUGCUGCAAUCCUUUUGUUUUCUAAUUUUACGUGUUUUUUCUUUUGCUCUAUAUAUUUUCGCGUGCGAUCCCUUGGAAGGAAUCGAAAACGGUUUGUUUGCUGCCAUGUUUUCGCGUCAUGAUACCCACGUGAAAGUUUCUAAGUAACACGAGAUCGAGCUUGAAAGCAAGGUUCUCAAAAAAUGAUGUUGAAAAGAAAAGUAAUCGCGUCUUAUUCUUUCCAUACGCGUCGCGGGUGCUCAUAAUUGUGUAAUUAAUUGAUAAAAUUCUUACAUAGACUUCGUGUAGCUGUAAAUCUUAAACAAGUUAGGAUAAGCAAUGCUUAUAUCAAACUGGAGCGACGAAUGAAAUUAACGGUUCGGUGGGAAGGGCCUCUGUGAAGUUUCUUCCAGUCUCUUUGUAUUCGAUGUCAAUUGGAUAGCGAUGAAAGAUCAUCAUAGUGUAAAGUUGGUUUAUUUUUUUUUGACGUAUAUAUGUUACGAGCAAAGGGUUGAACAGUGGUACUGAGUUGUGUCUCGGACAAAGUCUGCACCAAGACAGUGCAAUGUAAAGGGAUCUACUUUUCCACAACUCCUAGCGCGGAUUUAAUCGAUAAGCGAGCUUUCCGUCUUAGAUGUAGCCAUUGUCGGGAAGACACGGCAGCUCUUUGCUACAUAUGCAUAUACACAUAUACACAUAUAAUGUGAACAUGUGUGUGUACAUAUACGUGUAUAUUUUAUAAGAAGCGUUAUGUUCAAAGACUUGUACUGGAGCAAUUGAUUGCUCCGUUUUUAGGAUCCUUGUAAGUGUAUAUUAUUUCUAGCGUUGUGCCUCGUACUGCUUCUAUUUGAGUUUUGAAGACCAUCAUUCGCAGGAAAUUUGGAAACGUCUUCGCUCGAAUUAAACUGUCCCUCGAUACAUUUAUUUAAGACUAAAAAUUCAACUUUUCCAUUUACGUUCCGAAUUUCCUCCCAUUUGUUCUUCGAAAGUCAUUUAGAAGCCAAACUCGUUUCUGUUUGUUUCCUUCUCUUCGACAUUUGUUUGAGCACCGUUCCGGAAAUGAGUGAAAAUUGUUGUUCAGUUGUAAAUAUAGCGUACAUACGUAAAGAUACACGAUAGCCUUAGGGAUAUUGCUAAUAUUAUUAUUUUAUUAUUAUUAUUAAUAUUAUUAUUAAUAUUAUUAUUAUUAUUAUUAUUAUUAUUAUUAUUAUUGACAACUAUGCGAUAGCUUUAAUAAUAUUUAUCAUAUGAUUGGCAGUUAAUAAAACUCCAAGGACUCUAUUUGACUCCACUUUCCUGACCAGUUUGGUAACGCAGGGUCAUGUUUGUGAAAGUUCUGAAAGUUCCAAUUCAACAAAAUGUAUAAUAUUAAGGAGUACCUUUGUAUGCCAGAGAUUUGCAUAGUUGCACCACUCGUUUUUUUAUAUCCUUGUCCUAUGAAUUAGUACUUCUCAAAUCUUUCGUACAAAGGUAGCUCCGACUACAAACAAACAUAGAAGAAAAUAACACGCUGAAGAUGCCAUACUUAGAGAUACUUUAUUCAUAAGAAAAUAAUAGUUGAUGGAAUAUCGAAUAAUUUUUUGCAGAUACUGUCGCCUUCUUUACUUUCACUUUGUCUGUAAAGAGAAUGUUUUCAGGAUUACACUCAAACGCUUCGUUUUUGGUCGUAAGAAGAGAAUCGAUAAUUUAUUUAUGUUGAUUCGAUAAAGGUGUUACCCGUUUAAAUACUCAACAAGAUUUUGCCGGUACAAUAUUGGUAUUUUCCUAUCUUGAAUAAUGCAAGAAUCCCAUGCAUAUAAAACGACAUUUCGAGGUCAGCAAACAGAAUUUUCCCACGGGCAUAGAGAGCUUUCCCUUUCUCAUGGAGAGUAAAUCUUGUUAACUAUCUAUACAUUGAAACAAUAAUUCGUUUCUUUUAUAUUUAUACAAUUAGUGCAAGUUACUAUUGCGCAAUGUGUAAAGAAUGAACGAUUUCGUUUAAAGUUUCUAUUAUUUAUAACUGAAAAAAAAGUUCUGUAAAGUGAUACCUUUUGUAAGUGAAUGUUUUAACAUUGUAAAUUUAUAGGAAACAAUACGGAUAGAUAGUGUCUUUCAUAAGGAAAUUAGAUUUUACGUUAGGAGUAAUCUUUUGCGAACCCGAUGACUUCCGUCUUUUGUUAAAGAAACCGUGUAAUUUGUACUUGCUGCCAAAAAGAGUUUCCAAUGAAGUUGCCAUUAUGCAAAAUCGACUGUUGUGUAUAGAAAUAAAAGAAAAAAA